UCCACUCCGAUCAUCAAAUGACUUAUUUUGAAAGCGUUCCCAGUAGUCUUCUAAAUGUGAUGUGGCAGUUUUUUGCCAAAAGAUACAAAAAAAAAAAUGUCGUUUUCUAGGACAUAAAAGUGUUGUAGUAGUGCAUUGGAAAUUGGAAAUUCUCCUCCAAAAUGUGGGCGGGACUGUUGUCCCCUCCUUCCCCUUUUCUGGUCCUGGAGCUUUUGCAUAUUUUUUAUGUCACAAAUGUACUCUUUUUUUUUUUUUUUUUUUUAAACUGCUUUUUUUCUCAUCUGCUCUUGAUUUACAACAAGAAAUACUCUGAAAUUAAAUUUUUUACUUAAUUUUCUGUUCAUAAUAUGACUUCAAUUAUAUGAAAAAAAAAAACACCAAAAAAACGCCAUUUUCAUUGGUCUUUAGGAAGACUUUAUCUGCAACUUUUUAACCCAAAGAAUACAAUAGACAAAAAUAAAAACUAAUAGAUUAAUAUUUAAAUGCUCAUCUCUAACGAAAUAUUGCGUGAGGAGGUGAAAGCUUGGCGUAUGUGUACACUGUGUAGAGCUCCUGAGGCCCGUAAGCUCCGCCUCUGCGCUCUGACAUCAGGGCUUUAACUGUGUGUGUUAGCACAAAGCCAUAUUUAGAUCAGUGUAAUCAGCGCGGUGAGAGCUCACAUGCCUUCUGAGGAUACCUGCCUCGCAUAAACACACCUGUUCUCUGAUGGACCUGGAGCGAACUUAAUGUGCACCUGAAAGAGACCGCACGCACACUCUGUGGCAUCCAGGGACAUGAAACUCAAUCCACAGCAGGCUCCAUUGUAUGGUCACUGCGUUGUCACGGUGCAGCUCGCCGAUGAAGAGCUGCCGGCAGACGAUGAGGAGGAUGUGGAUUAUUUCCUGCUGUUUGCUGGCAGCACGCAGAGACACCUGACCUCCACCCUAAAGAGCAGCCAUGACACCUUGCAGGCGAUGUGUCCCGCUCAUAACUGCUGCGAGGUGGUGUCGGUCACUUUGUGCUCAGCCACCCGGGAUAUCUGCGGGGGCUCGGGGGAUCUGCAGGGCCGCCCCGUUCGCGUUGCUCCGUUGGCCGAACAUCGAUUCUGCUUCGUCCAGGAUUUGGCUUUUGACAUGGCCCAGUUCCUGGUGAGCACAGCAGGCAGAGCGGACGGCCUGGACGGAGUCCUGCUGCUGGACGAGUGUCAGAUUCCCCUGCAGGAGUGUGAGCGCCUGGAUGAGAGCUUGGCGCUGGCUCUUCAUCACCUUGUACUUCCUCCAGGCUGGAGCUUACUGGGGAGCAGGCGGACCAACAGCAGCGAGUUGACUCCUCAGGAGACUCUGCUCCAUUUCUCGGCGCGCCGAGGCCUCGUUCGGGUGAUGCGGUACUUGCUGCGGCAGCCUGGAGCCAGGGAAGCCCUUGGCCUGGCCAACAGAGAAGGCCUCACUCCCUCAGAUAUUGCAGCAUCUCGAGGCCACGAAAGCCUCGUUGAGCUUCUCGCACAGGCGGACGGGGAGAUUGAGGCCGUCCAGCUGCCCUGUGCGGACGCCCGGGUGGUUUGCCACCUCCCCGCGCUGAACACGCACACUCUGACGGUGAGCUCCACCGGCGCCGCCCCCACCCUGCAGACCAGCACGGAGCAGCUGCUUCACCUGGUGUCUCAUCUCCAAUCGGAGGGACGGUCUGUUCUGGAGCUGCGUUUGGGCUCUCUGCACACGGCUGCAGAAUGUUGUGAGGGCGUGGAAGCAGCCUGUCAGGAAAGACUCCAGCCGCCUGCUUCAGAUCUGGAAGGCCCGGAGGCCGAGGAGAGCGGGGGAGCCGACUGCAGCGGUACUGUACCCGGGAAUGCAGAGACAGACUUUUGCACAGCUUCAGAGAUCCACGACCCCCAGGAGGACAGGGCGGGUCUGGGUUUGAACUCUGAGGGAGAGCCCUGCCAAACAGAGGAGGAGGAGGAGGGAAGGGAGCAGCCUGCGGUCUCCAGCCAGAGCUUGGGUGACGACAGCAAAGGAACAGUGGGUGAGGCCGAAAAGGAAAGAGACUCUGCAGGAAUCCCACCAGCAGCAGUGGGCUGUGGUAAACAGGCAGAGGAAGACGAUAAAGGGGAGGCUGAAAGCCGGCAAGAUCUGGGAAAAGAGCAGGAAGCUGACGAAGGAACAGAGGAGAAGAACUUCACUGAUGUAACAGAGACCGGCAGGGAGGGAAAGUCUCCAGUCAUGGGGUUGUCCCAUUCGUCAGAGGACUCUGACUCUGAGGUGACGGAAAGAGAAGAUGUUGACAAACAAGAAACGAAACUCCUCCCAGAUGUUGGUGACAUAGAGGAGGAGGAGUCAGCAAACGCAGUCCCAAGUGACCUCCCCAGCACACCACUUACAGGCUGCGGUGAUGUAAACGCGGAUCCUGAAUCUGUCUUGAUAGAAGGCCUCCACGAGGGGGAACCUCCGCCAGACAUAAACAGCCAAGAACAAAAGCAGGAAACAGCUGGCAGGGAUUACUCAGCGCAGCAGGAGUGGCCUCUGGCUUCAGAACCUGAUUGUCAUUCUGGGAGUUGUUCUGGACCGCGGAGCAGCGAAGAGCCGGACGAGGACGAACUUCUUGAAAGCGUGGAUUCAAGGACUCCUGGGGAUUUGUCACAGACUGAUCAGUCCGCCGAAGAGAUGCCGUCUAAAAGGCAGACGGGACAGGAGCACGGCCUGUCCAGCGACGAGGACGAAGGCAGUUUUAGGUCGUUUGGAAGUUCGUCGACGGAAUUGUUUCACCCCAGUCAGGACGGCGUCUCCGUGGAGGACGGCGGCGUUCCUUUAAGCACAGAAGUCCUUGAAGAAGGCAAGUCCAAGAACACAAAUGAUCUGCAACAUCCGGAUGUCAGCGCAGACGCAGCUGCAGACAGCAGUCCGGAUGGCAUCGAGCCUGCACUGCAGCUGUCGAGCAGAACUCAGACUUCAGAGGAUUUGGGUCCUAAAAGCACCGAAGAGCCGGACCCAGAAGGUUUUAUAAAGGAUUUAAGUUCAGAUUUAGUGAGCGAGGAAAGUCCAGGAGCGCAGGGAGACCCGAAUGUAGAAGAAUCAGAGGAGAUUCUGUCUGAACAAAAUGCAUCCGUCAGUGAAGUGAGAGCUGAAGGAGAUGAUCAGCCAACUGUGGUGGAUACAGACGCACAGAAGCCCGACCUGAACGAAUCGGAGGAGACCGCAGACCAGGGUUCUCCUGAGGAUCCGUCACAGGAUGCAGAGGAACCCUCAUGUGCCGUUGAUAAUGUGGAAGUGGAGCCGCCAGCUCUCACCUGCGAGGCACCAGCAGAACCUGAGAACCAGAUGUCUGAAGACACGAGCGUGACUGGAGCGGCGGAGAGCUGCAGCAGCACAACUCAAGGCGACGGCGAGCCUGGAAGUGCUGGAAGCGCUGCGGGAGAGGAGGAAAACGCAGCAGAGGAGGCAGACGUCUCUGAGAUCCACCGAGACAGAGAGGCGUCAUUCCAGCAGCCGUGGACCACUCAACACUCAGGAUGCUCACCAGCUUCAGUAUUUCCCAGUUUGACCAGUAGAGCCAGCAGCUCCACCAGCUGUCCGUCUUCUGCUCACAGAGACUCUGGCAGCGACAUAGACAGCCUGCUGAACGCAGAACCUGGAUACGACAGCGUCUUCAGAAAGAAUGAUGAGGCAGUGACAGUUGGAGACAGUGCCAGUGAGGUCUCCGUCUCCUGCUCCUCCACGGACGACACCACCAGCGUCGGCCCGUCCAGCUCCAGUCCGGAGGGCAGCCAAGGCCUGAGCUGCAGCUGGAGCCCAGAAGAGGUCAACCAGACCGGCGCUUCGCCCGCCACAAGCUUCGACUGUUGUGGAAAUAUUGGAGGUGCCGGAGACGCCGAGGACGAGGCGAAGGACCGGGUGACGGAGGUCCCGCGGCGCUCCUCUCUGUUGAGAAACAGCAUCCGGUCACUGUCGCCCCUUCGCCGCCACAGCUGGGGUCCAGGAAAGAACAACGCAGGAGAAGCUGAGAUGAACCAGAGGAGUUCCAUUCGUUGCCAUGGUGAGAGGAGGCCGGCCUUUCACAGGAGAAGCUACAGCCUCGAGGGACUCAGCGGGGGCCGCGAUGAGCUGAGGGGCUCCCCCAUCCAGGGCCCCCAAAUGGUGGAGGCCUCCAGGCUGCCCAGGCAGGACAGUGAAGACAAGGGCUCGCUGGUUUCCCUGACGGAGGAGCAGGAGGAGCAGGAGGAUCACGGAGGAGUGCACGACCCGAAAUCAAGGCGUUAUCUUCCUCUGCGAAACAGCUGCCAUCCAAUGACUCUGCCCCUCACCAAGUCUGUGUCCAUGCUGGCCAUCAGCCAUAAAGACAUCGAUGGCAUGAGGUCCAUUUCCAGCACUUCUGGGUCACUAGCAUACAGUAUAUCAGAGGAGGAGCCUGGGCCUUUGAGGAGCGACAACGAGGGGAAGAGUGUGACUAAAGUGGGCCGGACCUUCAGCUACCUCAAGAAUAAGAUGUACAAGAAGACCAGGGACAAAGAUCGAGAUAAAAAAGACAAGGAGGGCAAGGAGAAGGACAAGAAGACUUUGAACGGCCAUCUUUUCACGCCCUCCAGCCAGACGGCACAAUGCUUCCAGUGCAACAAGUCUGUCACCAACAAGGAUGCUUUAUUUUGCUCUUACUGCAAUGCUUCCGUCCACAAGGGCUGCAGGGACAGCCUGCCGGUCUGCGCCAAGGUGAAGAUGAAGCUGCCCAAACAGCAGUUUACCGUUCCAGAUUCAAGCACUUUGCCUGCAGUUACAAUGAGGAACAAAUCCGGGGGGACACGCGAGCGCCCCUGGUCCGCCAUCCUUUCCCCCGACGAGACUUCCUCCCUGAUGAUCCCGACGGCACGGAGGCACACCAGCAUCAUGACGUUCCAGGGAAACAACCUCUCCAAGAGUCUCUCCAUAAGCAACAUUGCUGGCCCGGUGUUUGACGAGAUGCCCAUCAAAAGUCUGCGGUACCUCUCUCAGUCCACCGACUCGCUCAACAGAACCAACCAGGUGACGGAGUCCAUGGAGUCCCUCACAGACGAAGGAACGGAGAUGAUGGACGGGCAGCUGAUGGGGGAGUUCGACGCCGAGGCCAAAGAGCUGGAGGCGGACUCCUGGAGUUUGGGGGUGGAGCAGCAGUACCUGCAGCAGCUGGAUAAGGAGCUGGUCAAGAGACAGGAUGUCAUCUAUGAACUGAUGCAGACGGAGAUGCACCACAUACGAACUCUGCGCAUCAUGUCGGAGGUGUACAGCAAAGGCCUGCAGAAGGAGGUGCAGCUGGAGCAGCUGACGAUGGAGAAGCUCUUCCCUGUCCUGGACGAACUCCUGGAGCUCCACACGCAGCACCUCCUGCGCCUCGUAGAGCGCAAAAAGGAGAGCCAACUGGAUGGGGGGAGCUUGGAGGGAAGCUUCGUCAUCAACAGGAUAGGAGACAUCCUGAUCAAUCAGUUCUCAGGAUCAAACGGUGAAAGUAUGAAGAAGGUUUAUGGGAAAUUUUGCAGUCGCCACAAUGAAGCUGUAAGCCUCUACAAAGACCUCCUGACCAAAGACAGACGCUUCAAAGCCUUUAUCAAAAAAAAGAUGAGCAGCAGUAUUGUGCGGAGGCUCGGCAUCCCAGAAUGCAUCUUGCUGGUGACCCAGAGGAUCACGAAGUACCCUGUGCUGAUUCAGAGGAUGCUGCAGCACACCAAAGAGAGCGACGAAGACUUCGAAGACCUGAACGAGGCCAUCCGGCUGGUGAAGGAGGUGAUCGCGGCGGUGGACAACAAGGUGAACGAGCACGAGAAGCGACAGCGCCUGAAGGAGUUUCACAGCCGCAUGGACAGCAAGUCCAUCAUGACCAUGAAGAACAAGCAGAUGUUUGCCCGGGAGGACCUGCUGAGGAGGAGGCUGAUCCACGACGGAGCGCUGCAGCUCAAGAACGCCCAGGGAAGGCUAAAGGAUGUCCAUGCUCUGCUGCUGUCAGACGUCUUGGUCUUCCUGCAAGAGAAAGAUCAGAAAUACGUCUUUGCUAUGCUGGACCAGCGCUCCACCGUCAUCUCCCUCCAAAAGCUGAUCGUCAGGGAGGUCGCCAACAAGGAGCGCGGCCUCUUCCUCAUCACGGCGGGCACCGACAAGCCCGAGAUGAUGGAGGUUCUGGCCAGCUCCAAGGAGGAACGCAACACUUGGAUGCAGCUCAUCCAGGGAAGCAUGCAGUCCAUGGAGAAGGACGAGGACGAAGGGAUUCCCAGUGAGACAGAAGACGACAAGAGACAGCUGGAGAUCAAAGCCAGAGAGAUGAGAGAAAUGUUGAAGCAGAAGGAUACGGAGAUCAUGUGUCUGCUGGAGGAGAAAGUGCGGCUCUUCAGGGGGAUGUGGGAAGGCUUGAACCCGAGCGAAGAGGCCUCGCGGCAGGUCGAGCCUUACUUCAGGUCGGCCUGCAGCCAGGAGCCACCUCGGGGGGCCUCCAUCAUGAAAGACGCUCUGCAGGAAGUGGAGACGUUGCAGGCGCUGGUGAACGGCAGCCUCGGGGGGGCCAUGGCCAGCGUCCACGAGGGAGGCGGCGCCGGGCCGGUGUGCCUGCCUCGCCGUGCCGAGACCUUCGGAGGCUUCGACAGUCACCAGAUGCACGUCAGCAAAAGUGGCGACCGAGACGAGAGCGAGGACGUGACGGGAGAUCUGCGCAGGACGGAGUCCGACAGCGUUUUGAAGAAGGGAGGAAACGCCAACCUGCUGCAGCUGCUGAAGAGGAACAGUGAGCAGUUCCUCCACAGCGUCUCCAACCUGCACCUCCUGCUCAGCUCCCUGCAGGCCGUGGUGGUCCAGCAGGACAGUUUCAUCGAGGAGCAGCGGCACGCCCUGAGCGAGCGCUCCUCCUCCUGCUCCUCCCUGUCCCGGCAGUCGUCGCGGCCCAGCUCGCUGGUGGAGCAGGAGAAGCAGCGCAGCCUGGAGAAGCAGCGGCAGGAGCUGGCCUCCCUGCAGAGACAACAGGCAGCUCACGCCGAGGAGAAGAGGAGGAAGGAGAGGGAGUGGGAGGUCCGGGAGCAGCAGCUCUCUGAGAAGGAGGUGCUGGUGCACUUACAGCAGGAGGAGGAGGUGCAGAAGCAGCACAAGGCGCUGGAGGCCGAGAGGCAGGAGCUGCAGCUCCGGAAAGAGGAGUACCAGAAAGACCUGGAGCGGCUGAGAGACGCCCAGAGGAAGCUGGAGAGGGACAAGGACGCCGUGCGGCGGCAGCUGGAGAAGAUGGAGGACCGACUGUCUGAGAGGACGCCCUCCACAACAUCCGACGAGUUCCAGUUCCGCGGCAGCUCCCAGUCUCUGGAGCUGGACCUGCCGGAGCUCUCCCCGUGCUCCUCCACCUCGCUGCCGAGGAUGCUGCCGCAGAGGUCCAAACCCAAAGGGAAGGGGCUCAACCCCUUCACCUCCUCCAGCAUGAAGGGCAGCGACACCAACAACCAGAUCUCCAAAGGGUUCCUGCAGCUGACCAAGAGCAAGAGCAAAGACGGGAAGAAGAAGAAGAAGAGCAAAGGAGGAGGCGCCGCCACUGCAGACGUCUCAGAGCCUCCUGUGGACGGAGAGAUCUUCUUCUGCUGAGGAGCCCCUCAUCCUGCCCCCCCCCCGUGCAGUGCCGCAUGAAACACUGUCUGAAAGCUUUUAACUGUAAAGUAGAAAACUUGACAUUUCCUGCGUGAACCUGCGUGAACCUGCAGAGCUUUUACAUUGUGGAGACUCUGGCGUUCGGACCCGUCCCUGAAGAGGUUCUCCGGGUGGUUCUGCCUCUCACGUUUGACCAAGUAUCUGGAGAGCUGCAGCGGUUUGGUGUUUUUUCCUGUCAUGGACGGGAGGGUCGAUCUGAGUGUCAGCCGACUCCACGAGGCGCCGGAAAGUCCUUCCCGCUAAUCGCAUUCAUUAAGUGUUAAUUGAAGACGGAAACCGGCGGUGGGGGUUCUGUGUCUCCACGGCAACGGCUGCUGACCAGAAAAGCCCGUUUUAGAUCCGCUGUGGCGGGGAACGCCGGCGCAGGGAGAGUCCGGUCUGCCACCAUCAUUUCUGUGAAUCAUGGAGGAUAAUCCUUCCUUCAGCCAACCAAACUCCUCCGUAGGUUUGAAGACGGUCCGAUUAUUUCACGUUAUUCAGGCACUUUGUUGCUGAAACUUUUCCUUUUUCUAGCCGUGUUUUUAAUUAGGACCAACAAUGAUCCAAAGAGGCGAUGCGAAGCUACGGUUCUGGGCUGCCUGCUGGUCGGGUGGUUUUCCUGCAGCGUCUCAUCUCCGUUCGCUCAUUUUUUUUUUUUUUGCGGUUAAGAGUCCAGGACGCUGCUCCACGCCUUCAGAGAAACUCAGAGAGAUGAGCUCCUCAUUGUUGCUUUUGGUGCAUUUCAUCCACCAGGGAGCGCUGCACCUCAGAUGUCUUUCAUCCCCUGCUGGGACAGAUUUACUUAUCUGUCUCAGCGGGUCGCCGGCGUGCAGAGAUAAUGUGACGAGCGUGGGCUCUCACACAUCCUGACAGUUUCCUCACAGCAUUCAUAAUUGACUGAAGAAACAAAUAAGUUGUCAGAUUGUAAUUGGUUACUCGGUGGAAGCGGUCGGCGGCAGCUUUAAUGUAUGUGUUGGGGGGGCGGCGGCGGGGACAAUCAGGAAAAUGAAGGUGAUGAUCAGCCUGUCAGGUGAAGCCUGCGUAGCCUUAAACUCAUCGAUGAAUGCACUAGAAGUAGAAGCCGGCGUCUCCUCGGAGGAAGAGGAGGGCGGCGGCGUCAGCCGAAGGAAACGCUCGUACUAUGCACCUGGUACACACCCAGUCUCAAACAUGUACAAAGAAGGGCAAACCUGUAAAUAGGAAUAAUGUAUAAAACGAAUCAAAUGUAAAAAAAAGGAACCCAUUGGUGUUUUAUUUCAGCAUUUUGUAAGAAGGUUUUAUUUAUGUAUCCUGCUCGCCUGCAGGUGGCGACGAUGUAAAGGCGUCUUUCUCUCACCAUUAAAGAAGUAUGAAACACGC